AUGAUAGCCCGUGGUCUGAUUUUCGCUUUCACUAUUCUAGCCCUUAUUGCUUGGCUGUUCCGCUUGUCCUACCGAACAGUAACUUCUCCUCUCAAAAGAGUGCCCGGCCCUUUCCUCACGCGUUUUACCAAUGUAUGGUACAUCUGGCGCAUAUGGGAAGGCCAAUUUGAGCAUCAUAAUGUUGCCCUGCACAGGAAACACGGCAAAGUUAUCCGAUAUGGGCCGAAUCGAUACAGCCUCAAUGACCCGCACGCAAUGAAGAUGAUUUACGACCACGGAUCGCACUUCCAGAAGUCUACAUGGUACGAUUCCUGGGGGGUAGCAGAUGGCGAUAAGUGGGGCAUGUUCAUGGAUCGAGACGUUCGGAGGCAUGCACGCAACCGAAGGCAGUUCCAAAACACUUACUCUAUGUCAUCGCUUGUCUCAUACGAACCCUAUAUCAACCACUGUGUCGAGGUCUUCUGGCAAAGACUCCAUGAGAUGGCAGAUGCAGGUCUCCCUGUCGACAUGAGCCACUGGUUUCAGUGCUAUGCCUUCGACGUCAUUGGCAUGAUCACUUACUCAAAGCGCCUCGGAUUCCUGGAUAUGGGUGAAGACAUUGGUGGCAUUAUCAAGGCUCUGGGAGACAUGCUGGUGUAUGGGUCCAUAGUUGGAGUCUUUGCAUCUCUACACCCAUAUCUCUUCCGUCUGCAGAAUUGGAGGGCUGGGGAUGCUGGUAGCGGGAGACAAUUCCUGCUGAGAUAUACAGAGGAAAAGACUACCGAGCACCAAGCCGCACUGGGGCCAGGACGAGUUGAUGCUAAGGAAGGACAGGACGACAGAGUCGGAAUGAAUUUCCUGACCAAGUUCUUCACAAAACAUACCCAGGAUCCGUCCGCGUUCACGAGGUAUCAUAUCCUUGCAGGAUGCACCGCUAAUAUGACUGCUGGUUCAGACACGACAGCAGUCACUCUGUCAGCAAUUCUCUAUCACCUGCUCAAGAACCCUACAGCACUCCAGAAGUUACUUGAUGAAAUUGAUGACCGUUACAGACAGGGAAAGGUGUCAAAUGUCAUCUCAUUUAAGGAGAGUCAAGAAAUGCCCUACCUACAGGCUGUUGUCAAGGAGGGCUUGCGUGUUCACCCUGCUACGGGUCUGCCGCUGGAGAGGGUGGUGCCUCCAGGCGGAGCGACGAUGUGCGACUAUUUCUUUCCGGAGGGGACGAUUGUGGGCGUCAAUAGCUGGGUGGAACACCGCAGCAAAGAAGUAUUUGGGGAAGAUGCCGAUCAAUUUGUUCCUGAGCGAUGGCUUACUGACGACAAGGAAAAAUUGUCCUUAAUGAACAGUCAUUGGAUGCCGUUCGGGCUAGGCUCCCGUACUUGUCUCGGGCGGCAUAUCUCAAUGUUGGAGAUAUCAACGCUGAUCCCUCGGCUAUUACACGACUUCGAGAUGGAGCUCUGCGGAGGGAUCAGUCAACGAGGGAGUUCGUGGGUAACUAUGAAUCGCUGGUUUGUGAAACCGGAGAGCUUUUUGGUCAAGGUCAAGUUGCGACAAUUGCCAGCGCAAGACAGGCCGGAGACCUGAAUCAUCGGCUUUCUCACACUUGGUUGCGACAAAUAGCCUAGGCUAUCGACACUAUGACUUGACAGAUAUGUAGCAACGAGAUGGUC